GACUUUUCAGCGAUUUUUCUCGAACUGUAUUGUAAGAUUUCGGCAAGUGUGUGGACAUAAAGAUUUGCAGCAAUACCACAUAUGCUAUUUAGAUAUCCUCUGGGUACUCACACCUGUUAGUCUGUGAAUAGCUGCAAUUGAUGUUAUAAUCAACAUCGAGAUGAGUGCCUGUCCUCACAUCGUUACCAACAGUGAUGUCACGUGGCGGGAUAUAGCCACUAAGAAAGAGAGUUCCCAGUGCCAAGCUUGCGGUGUGGCCGGACCGAAUCUGUGGCUGUGUUUGAAGAGCGGAUGUUUCUAUGUUGGCUGUGGAGAGUCCGCCGAAGACCACAGCUCGACUCAUGCGGAUGAGACAGGCCACUGCGUGACUCUCAACCUCACCACUCAGCGCAUUUGGUGCUACACGUGCGAGACUGAAGUGUUUCCUGGUCGAAAUAACCCGCCCUUUGUCAUCAAGGAUAACCACAUGCUAGCCUCGGAAAGUUCUCCGCUGCGUGGUAGAGUAACUAUCAGCCAGCAUCAUCACGAGGAGUCUGACACUGAUGAUGAGGAUGAGAAUAAGAAGCCGAGGGGCCUGACAGGUUUGAACAACAUCGGCAACACGUGUUACAUGAAUGCUGCCCUACAGGCUCUGUCGAAUUGUCCCCCUCUGACGCAGUUCUUUCUGGACUGCCCCGGUUUUGUCCGGACAGAUCAUAAGCCCAUGUUGUCGAAGAGUUACCUCAAACUGAUGCGGGAGAUGUGGCACAAGAAACGACCGAGCUAUGUCGUGCCGUCGUCUGUGGCUCAUGGAAUGAAGAUGGUCCUGCCGUGUACCUUCAGACUUAAUUCCCAGCAGGAUACCCAGGAGUUUCUAAGAUGUUUUAUGGAUCAGAUCCACGAGGAACUGAAGCAGAUAAAAAAUACCAUGGAAGCCACGCCGGAGGAAGAUGAAUCUGAGGUCAUUCCCGAUCAGCCGACAGAACGCCAUUCAUCGCCCCACAAGGCCAUGGAGACGAACCUGAUGGGACCGUCGGAUACAGAAUACGAGACGUGCGACUCUGGUCUCAGCAGUGAAAGGAAUUCCAUCGAGCAAGGUCUCGCGGAGGAAUCACAAGAUGUCCUGAUGGAGGCUGGGAGAAUCGCACGUGUUAAACCGACGAUCAUGGCGAAUAAGAAUGAUAGGAGUGAGUCGGUUUCAAACGGUGAUACACACGGACAUACGGUUAUAUCGGCCGAGACGCCGAGUGUGAUGUCUGUACCGGAUCAUGCUGCUGGCACGGGUGAACUGGCCAGUUCGGUUGAAAAAAUGGAAGUGAAAGAGUCGGGCACUGAGGAGAAAGAAAUUGACGAGAGCAGUUCUGUUGAGAGCACCUCGAUGCAGGUUGACAAUAUUGAAGGGGGGUCUGAGCCACCGCAGGCCGAGGCGAAAAAAGUUCAGAAGGAGGCUUCAAAUUUUGCGCAUAAGCGCAGCAAUGGUGAUCCGCCAACAGUUACUGAGGAGGCCCCUCGGAUGCCGACGGAGAUGACGGAAUUUACAGAUGCGUUGUCUGAUUUGGAGAUGUCGCCAGGACAGCGUCGACAACAAGGGAUCCGGUCACGGCAGGCGUCGGAAAGUGAACGUCUUCAACAACGUAUGGCGGCGAAACAGGGGAAGGGUAUUCAUGAGAAGCAGGGCGGCAAGAAGAAGUUCCCGGAGCACGUCAGUGUGAUUUCUGACAUCUUUGACGGGAAGAUUAACAGCUCUGUGCAGUGCCUCACUUGUGAACGGAUUUCGUCGACCAAGGAAACUUUCCAGGAUGUUUCGUUACCGAUCCCGACCAAGGACCACCUGCACAUGAUCCAUGCGUCGCAUGUCAACACAACAAUGAAGGGCACGUGUGGCGAGGUCAACCUACAACAAGGAUGGUUCGCUUGGAUGUAUACGUGGAUGAAAAGCUGGUUCUGGGGACCCCUAAUCACAUUGCAAGACUGCCUGGCCGCAUUCUUCUCGGCCGAUGAACUAAAGGGCGACAACAUGUACAGUUGUGAAAAAUGUAAAAAAUUGAGGAAUGGUGUCAAAUAUUCCAAAGUGUUGGAGCUGCCCGAGAUUCUAUGCAUCCACUUGAAGCGGUUCAGACACGAGUUCACCUCGAGUAAAAUCAGCAGUUAUGUUCAGUUCCCACUUGAAGGCUUGGACAUGGGACCUUAUCUACAUAAAGAGUGUACAUCAACAGUGACUAACUAUGAGCUCAUCGCUGUUAUCUGUCACCAUGGUAACGUGGGAGUCGGCCAUUACAUCGCUUACUGCCUGAAUGCGCUGAGCGACCAGUGGUACGAAUUUGAUGACCAGUAUGUGACCCGGGUGGACGAACAGACUGUUGAAAGUGCGGAGGCCUAUGUGUUGUUUUAUAGAAAAAGAAAUGACAACAUGAUCCCGCUGCGGCAGCAGGCCAUGGAGCUGAUGGAAGACAAAGAGGAGAGUCUGAUGCAGUUCUUCAUCUCGCGCCAGUGGAUCAACAGAUUCAACACAUUCGCGGAACCCGGCCCGAUCACCAAUGAAGAUUUUCUAUGCAAGCAUGGCGGGGUACCGCCUGCACAAGUGUCGUAUGUGGAUGAUAUGGUGACGGCUGUUUCGCAGCCUGUGUGGGAGUUUUUGCAUGAAACCUUUGGUGGUGGCCCGGCCGUCAAUCAUCUGUACCAGUGUGUCACGUGUCAGACAGAGUUGGAAAAACUCAAGAAGCGACAGAAACAUGAAAUGGACACAUUCAUACGGUUGAAUGCUGAAUUCAAAGAUGAGGAGAAUCCGAACGUCAUCUAUGCGAUCAGUAUGACGUGGUUCAAAGAAUGGGAGAACUUCGUCAGAGGCAAAGUGGAUGGUCCACCACCAGCUAUUGACAACGCGAAGAUAGCUUACGUCAAAAAUGGCAUCUCUUUCUUACGCACCAAUUCUGAUUAUGGCCAGUUAUCGGAGGAGAUGUGGCAGUUUUUGUUUGAAAUUUAUGGCGGGGGACCAGAGCUUGUUUAUAAAGAAAACAGCGCUGCGGUGGAGAGCAAGCCACUGGAAGCCGGGGAUGGAGCGAAGAUGGGGGAGAGUCCAAAGGUGUAAUUGGGACUGAGCAUGCAGAGGUAUCCAGUCGACAAGGGUGGUCCAAGAUAGGUUGAUAGUUUUUGAUUGGUAGACGCUCUGCGGUGUAUUAAUAUUGUGGUUCACUUGUCUGAUUUGGUGUUUGGCCAGAAACGCUGCAUUGCCAGUGGGGUUGUCAGAGUGGCACAGUCUGCCACCUCUAAGGUCCCGGGUUCAAUUCCCAGUCAGUCCCGGUACACUCAUGUGAUAGAGAGGGCAACUCUCUUCGACGGCGUAGGAUUCCUCCGGGGUCUCCGGUUUCCUCCUACUUACAUAAGAAUCGCCUUUAUUGUUUGUAGAGUUAAUAAAGUCAGAGGCUAGGCUCUCAAGUCAAUAUUUUAUUCAACACUUUGUGUUUAACAUUGCGUCACAGAAGCACUAUUUUGAGGUCAAAAACACAAAAUGAUAUGAUUGAAUGAAAAGUAAGUUGUUGCUGUUGACAAUAUUUAUAUUGUAUGUCUUUAUAUUAAAGAUGUUGUUUGGCUUUAGCAAAGUUGACAAUAGUGAGACUGAUCUUGCGAAUGAACUAGCUACAUACAUCUAAUAUGCGGAUGUAAUAUGCCAGUGACUUUGUUCUUCAUGACUGCCAUACUCUUGCAUACAUGUACAUGUACCUAUAGAUGUAUCAUAUAUCUUUGCAUGUUGGAAGAGAUGAUGUUAUUAUUUUUGUUGAUGCCCGAUUUAUAGUGGAAACGUACACGUACAUUGUACUACUGGCCUUGGUAUUAAAGCUUGUCUGCCUAGCUGAACCUAAUUUACAUGUAGUACAUGUACAUUGAUAAUACAAAUGUUGGUGUCUCAAAUCUUUCUCGAGUUGAACUUUGUAUCAGUUUUCAGACUCAUACACACGUGGUCUUUAGAGAAGGUUCAAUAACAUGGUGUUUUAAUACAUGUAGGUACAGAGUGUACAUGUACAUAGGUUGUUAUCGUAAAGCACUGUGCUGUCUGAUUUGCUUGAAUAAAAUCUUGUAUUAAUUAUAUAUGCAAUGAUGUUUAUUCCUGUGUAUAGAGCCUGCCCAGAGGAUGACAUCACAGAAAAUGACACCAUUUUAGAUGUACAUUUUUUUAACAGACGACCCUUCUUUUAUAAAUCUUAGCAGUUUCAAGUACACCACAAGUAGGUUAUAAUGUCAGCUGGCAUCUGGAUAGCGCAAAACGUUUUGGACCUCAGUCGAUGAAUUGGGUAAGAUAAUCUGCAAACCAAUGAUAUUUACUAUGAUCAGUUUCCAUUUCAAAAAUGUGGCUGAUGAGAAUCACAAAAUCAAAUUUCAUUGGCCUUAUAAUGGAGAAUGCUACUAAUCAAGAAUUAAUAUUGGUAUCAUGCAGGACUACUUGAUGUAAUGGUUAGAUGUUAUGACUUUCACAGUAUAUGCAUGUUGAGCUAUUACUACUAUUCAUACAUUAAUAAAUUAUUUAAAUC